AUGGCAGAUGACGCCGGUGCAGCAGCGGGGCCCGGAGGCCCCGGGCGCCCUGGGAUGGGGAACCACGGUAGCUUCCAUGGAGGUUUUGGCAGUGGCAUCUGGGGCCAGGUCCGAGUCCGUGGAGCUCAUGGAGGCAAAGCCGAGGAUAAGGAGUGGAUGCCUGUCACCACGUUGGGCCGCCUGGUCAAAGACAUACUGAUUAAAUCUCUGGAGGAGAUCUAUCUCUUCUUUCCGCCCAUCAAGGAAUCCGAGAUCAUUGACUUUUUCCUGGGGGCCUCUCUCAAAGAUGAGGUUUUGAAGAUUAUGCCGGUGCAGAAGCUGACCCGUGCUGGCCAGCGCACCAGGUUCAAGGCGUUUGUUGCUACUGGGGACUACAAUGGUCAUGUCGGUCUGGGUGUUAAGUGUUCCAAGGAGGUGGCCACUGCCAUCCGUGGGGCCAUCAUCCUGACCAAGCUCUCCAUUGUCCCUGUGCGCAGAGGCUACUGGGGGAACAAGAUUGGCAAGCCCCACAUCAUCUCUUGCAAGGUGCCAGGCCGCUGUGGUUCUGUGCUGGUACACCUCAUCCCCGCGCCCAGGGGCACUGGCAUCGUCUCAGCACCUGUGCCCAAGAAGCUGCUUAUGAUGGCUGGUAUCGAUGACUGCUACACCUCAGCUAGGGGCUGCAGUGCCGCGUUGGGCAACUUUGCCAAGGCCACCUCUGAUGCCAUCUCUAAGACUUGGAGCUACCUGACCCCUGAUCUCUGGAAGGAGACUAUAUUCACCAAGUCUCCCUAUCAGGAAUUCACUGACCACCUUAUCAAGACCCACACCAAAGUCUCCGUGCAGAGGACCCAAGCUCCAACUGUGGCUACAACGUAG